CAGAAGCAGCAGUUUCAUCAUGGUUCCCCAGACCCACGGGCUGCUGCUUCUCGGCUUUCUGCUCCAGCUCCAGGGACCCCUAGGGACUGUAGUUUUCAUAACCCAGGAGGAAGCACACGGCGUCCUACACAGGCAGAAGCGUGCCAACUCGCUCCUGGAGGAGCUUUGGCCCGGCUCCCUGGAGAGAGAGUGCAAUGAAGAACAGUGCUCCUUUGAGGAGGCCCGAGAGAUCUUCAAGAGCCCCGAGAGGACCAAGCAGUUCUGGAUUAUUUACAGUGAUGGGGACCAGUGUGCCUCGAAUCCAUGUCAGAACGGGGGUACCUGCCAGGAUCAUCUCAAGUCUUAUGUCUGCUUCUGCCUCCUAGACUUUGAGGGUCGGAACUGCGAGAAAAACAAGAAUGAGCAGCUGAUCUGUGCAAAUGAAAAUGGUGACUGUGACCAGUACUGCAUGGACAACGUAGGGACCAAGCGCACCUGUAGCUGUCACGAGGACUACGAGCUACAGCCAGAUGAGGUGUCCUGCAAACCAAAAGUUGAUUACCCGUGUGGGAGAAUACCUGUUGUAGAAAAAAGAAACUCCAGCAGCCGCCAAGGCCGGAUCGUGGGAGGCUAUGUGUGCCCCAAAGGGGAGUGUCCCUGGCAGGCUGUGCUGAAAAUCAACGGGUUAUUGCUGUGUGGGGCCGUCCUGCUGGACUCCAGGUGGAUAGUGUCCGCAGCCCACUGCUUUGACAACAUCCGGAACUGGGGAAACAUCACAGUGGUGAUGGGUGAACAUGACUUCAGUGAGAAGGAUGGGGCAGAGCAAGUACGGCGGGUGAUACAGGUCAUCAUGCCCGACAAGUACAUCCGGGGCAAGAUUGAUCAUGACAUCGCCCUGCUCCGCCUCCACCGGCCUGUGACCUUCACUGACUACGUGGUACCCCUGUGUCUGCCUGAAAGGACCUUCUCAGAGAACACCCUAGCCAGUAUCCGCUUCUCGAGGGUCAGUGGCUGGGGCCAGCUACUGGACCGUGGUGCCACAGCCCUGGAGCUCAUGACCAUCGAGGUGCCCCGGCUGAUGACCCAGGACUGCCUGGAGCUUGCCAAGCACAGUCCUAACACCCCCCAAAUCACAGAGAACAUGUUCUGCGCCGGCUACAUGGACGGUACCAAGGACGCCUGUAAGGGUGACAGUGGUGGUCCACACGCCACAUACUACCGCGGCACAUGGUAUCUGACAGGUGUGGUCAGCUGGGGGGAGGGCUGUGCGGCUGUCGGUCACAUUGGAGUGUACACCAGGGUCUCCCGGUACAUAGACUGGCUGGUCAGACUCAUGGACUCCAAGCUGCUGGUUGGGGUUUUUCGACUCCCACUGCUGUAGCUCCUUGGACAGCCCAGCCCAGCCCAAGAAGGAAGCUGUGGUGUGAAGCUGUUGUAUUGACUCUCCUGCUAUUCUUUGUGUGAGGAAGGAGAACUGAGAUAAAGAGAGUGAGGAAAGCAGAGGGGGAGGGAAAUGAGAGAGGCUGGGAGACA